AGUGGCUUGGAUUAGGUGGUUUCUGUUGAUUUGUGCUACCUUUCUUGAAGGAUCAUUGGGAUUACGCUGUAUAUUGUCAAGCAACCAUGGAUAAGCAACAGAAUAAGUAUAAGACGUUCCAGAAGCGUUCAAAUCGCAAUAAUAAUAGCAAUUACCAGAAGAGCAAUGGUUCCCAUAAGAGCCAGUGUCAUACAAACCAACAGCAGCAGCAUCAGCAAUCCCAUCAUAAAGCACAGAAGCAGAACGCAGAGGCUGCUGCCACCAUCACAAUCUCAUCGAUUAAAGAAUUCCCAGCAUCCAAGACGUAUGGAUCUCUCGAUUAUUGCUUGCCUUCCAAAGUGGAAAAGAUCAUAAGCCACACAAUCAACGAUCUUCCAAGCUUUCCUCAGAGACCUGCUGCCAAAUGGAGCGGUGUAUCACCGCUGGGCUCGUCCUUACUAGAUCAGUACACCGGUUCUGACCCUUCAAUAAGGGCCAGGGACUUGAUCCAUGAUCCUGUGAUGGAGAUCGUGCUUGUAAACAGAAAGAAUGCAAAGACGUUGAAAUUAGGCUCUACAGAUAUCGACCUUUCGGGUAAACAGCCUGUUUUGACUACUAAAUUGGUUAACAAGUUUAUUCAAAAGGAAUCGUUGUCCAACCAGAUGAAUACCCCUAUGAAGAGAGUCAGAGAUGAGGCAGUGGAUGCAAGUAGCUCUGUCAAGAAAAAUAAGCGUAUCGCUAGUGUAACACAGGCAGAUACAACCAUGGAGCUCAGUUUUGAAGGAAAGGCAAUGGAUAAGAGCGAUUUGGUUAAACUAGUCGACUCCAGUGGUGUAAUGCAGGAUGAAUCCCAAAUUGCUGUGGAUAUGGAUGCCAGCAUGAUCGACACGAGAAACCUUUUACAAAGUACUGAGUUCAAUUUUGAGUACUAUCGCAGAACAUAA